UAAUGUUAGACAUUAUAUUGCAGUUUUUGGUUUUAAUUUUAGCCGCAUUAACCGCUUGGUUGACGGAGGAGAAGCCUUCUAUCCGUGUCAUGGUUGGCUGCUGCUGACUAGUCCAAAGUUCAGUGCAGCUUCCAGGCUGAAGUUAAACUCACUUCAAUGGCUGCCUGUGCAACAACAGUCCCUCAGUGCUGUCUCAACAAUGAACUAUGGAAAGCCUCAAGCACUGACUGAAGAAUGGCAAGGUUUAGGCGCAAAUCUUGCAUCGCAUUAAUAGCUUUAGUUUUGCUCGUACUCGUUAUAACAGUAGUCUUAAAGGCACUCACACCAGAGGACUCGCCUUUCACCAGACAAGGAGGUGCUGAACUGUUUCCAGAGAGAAAGAAUGAUCCGGACGCCCAGAGGAACAACAACAAUAAACCUGAUGACACCAAAAUGAAUGACUCUAACAAGUCAGACAAGGAUGCAGAACUGCAAGCUACACUGAGGAAGUUCCCUCCUCCCAACUACUAUCUUCACGCCUUCUACUACACUUGGUUUGGAAGCCCCAAGUUUGAUGGCAAAUACAUCCACUGGGACCAUCCACAGCUGCCCCACUGGGACUUUAAGGUGGCUCAGGGAUAUCCACAGGGGAGGCACAGCCCACCUGAUGACAUUGGGGCCAAUUUUUAUCCCUCUUUAGGUGCUUACAGCUCCAGGGACCCCUCCAUCAUAGAGGCUCAUAUGCAGCAGCUGCGUACAGCCGCCAUUGGUGUCCUUGCUGUGUCCUGGUAUCCUCCCAACAUGAAGGAUGACAACGGUGAACCAACAGAUGGCAUCGUGCCUUUGCUGCUGGAGGUGGCACAUAAAUACCACAUUAAGGUUGCUUUUCACAUCGAACCAUACCAAGGAAGAGAUGAAGUCAACAUGUUCGCUAAUGUCAAAUACAUCAUCGAGAAAUAUGGAGAGCACCCGGCAUUUUUCAAGUAUCGGACCAACACUGGCAAACUCCUUCCACUCUUUUAUGUGUAUGACUCAUACCUGAUGAACUCGGAGCAGUGGGCCAAACUACUGAAGCACACGGAGAGUACCAGCAUCAGGGAUACCCCGUAUGACGGCAUCUUCGUCGCCCUGCUGGUUGAAGAGAAGCAUAAGAGGGAUAUCCUGACGGCAGGGUUCGAUGGUGUCUACACCUACUUUGCUACUAAUGGCUUCUCCUAUGGGUCCACUCAGCGUAACUGGGCUUCCAUUAAAGCUUUCUGCGAAGAUAACAACCUGAUAUUCAUUCCAAGUGUGGGCCCGGGAUAUAUCGACACAAGCAUUCGACCCUGGAACUUCCAAAACACUCGAAACCGCAUCAACGGCAAAUACUAUGAAACAUCCCUGAGUGCAGCAUUAGAGGCCAGGCCCGAUUUUAUCUCGAUCACAUCUUUUAAUGAGUGGCACGAGGGCACUCAGAUUGAAAUGGCGAUUCCCAAAACAAGCCAGACAGUUUAUCUUGACUAUCUGCCCAAUAAGCCGACAAUCUACCUGGAGAUAACUCGCAAAUGGGCAGCGAUAUUCGGCGGAGAGCGACGGAGGUGGCAGGAGUGACUUGAAUAAGAGCCAUAGCAAAUGUUUAUUCAUGGUGGUAAUUAGAUGAAAACUAAACGAAGUUGUGGUUGUAGAAUGCACAACAAAAUGCAAAUGAUGAAUAACAGUAUGAGAGAAGCCAAAUGACUCUCAAAGCCACAGACAAGUGAACUACUUCAUUAUCUUCAUUUUGGCUUCAGUGAUGUGAUUUAUUCUUUUGCACUUGAUUUUUUUCUUAAUUUAACUGAUGUCUUAUUACCUCUUGUUUACCCAGCCUUACACUUUGCGGGAUUCGUAACAUAAUUAGCAUGUUUUAUCACUGUCUCCACCAUAUUCAGCUCAAACUGCAUAGGCAUGUUUUGCCUUUCUGUGAUCUGUGACUAUAUUAAACUUGAAUAGAAAUAAAGUGCACCCUGGAAAGGAGGGAACGACAAGUAAACAAA